AAUCAGUUCGAGAGACUUUUAGUUUGAAAUCUUCAACAUCCGGCUUCCGUCACGUCCAUAGCGUCAUGUUGCCUUGCAUCGAAAUAAUUCACUGGUUUUAAAGAUGUAGAUUAGUUUCUUUGUUCGCAUAGUGGUGAACCUGCUUCAUCAUGACGUCAUCAAAUCCUCCAAAACCAGCUCUACAUUUUGGCCAGGUUGUGAUUGGUCCACCUGGCUCAGGUAAAACCACUUAUUGCCGGGGGAUGCAAGAGUUCCUCAGCCGCCUCGGGCGCAAAGUGGUCAUUGUAAACCUGGAUCCUGCCAACGAAGGGCUGCCCUAUCCAUGUGCCGUGGACAUUUCUGAGCUUGUCACUCUGGAUGAUGUGAUGGACGGUCUAAAACUUGGCCCUAAUGGCGGCCUCAUUUACUCUAUGGAAUAUUUAGAGGCAAAUUUGGACUGGUUAGAGAGCAAGCUGAAGCACGACCAAAGCAGCUAUUUCCUUUUUGACUGCCCGGGUCAGGUGGAACUAUACACUCACCAUAAUUCGGUGAAGAAUAUAUUUGCACAGCUGUCAAAGUGGAAUUUCAGGCUGACUGCAGUACAUCUGGUAGAUUCCCAUUACUGUGCUGAUCCGGCCAAGUUCAUCUCUGUGCUGUGUACGUCCCUGUCUACCAUGUUGCAUGUUGAAUUGCCACAUGUCAAUGUGCUCUCAAAAAUGGAUCUCAUUGAGCAGUAUGGCAAACUUGCAUUCAAUCUAGACUACUACACUGAGGUUCUGGACUUGUCAUAUUUGGUGGAGCAUCUCUCCUUAGACCCUUUCUUCAAAAAGUUUCACCAUCUGAAUGUGAAGUUGGCUGAAGUGAUCCAGGACUACAGCUUGGUGUCUUUUGUACCUCUGAAUGUGCAGGACAAGGAAAGCAUGACACAAGUUCUGAGAACUGUGGACAAAGCUAAUGGCUACUGCUUUGGAGACCUGGAGGAGAGGAACCUGCAGGCCAUGAUGUCUGCUGCUGUUGGAGCGGACUUCCAGUUCAGCACAACUCUUAGUGUACAGGAGAAAUACAUGGAGGCCACUGGGAAAACUGUGGAGGAUGAAGUUAUGGACUUGUAACCAUUUUUAUACUGAUUAAAAAAAAAGAAAAACAAAAAGCUAU